GGGUUUGGAGCAACCUGGGAUAAUGGAAGGUGUCCCUGCCCAUAGCAGGGUGGAUCUGCGUGGUCUUUAGGGCUCCUCCUGACCCAAAGCAUUCUGUGAUGAAAAGAAGGUUACAAAUGGACACAGGUCUGUAGGAAACGCCCUCACUGGUUCCACCACUCUCAACACAAUUCUGUGCUCUCAGCUUGCCAAUGCAGCGACUCAGUCAGAAAACUGGCACUUUGUCUGGAGCCCAUAAAUACAGGAAUUAAAUAACCAUUGAGAAAUUACCCUGAGGCUUAUGGUGGACCAGCUCCAAGUCAUUAGUCCCGCACCACAGUCUUCAUGUGUGAGGAUACAGAUUUGGGGUUUGAAGGAGCCCAUGGUGGAUGGAGGGUGUGAGAGCACAGGGAGCCCACAUCAGGGUGUGUGAUAAUGCCUUUCUUUCCUCAUACAUUAUCCAACUCAGUGAAUAGUAACAUUCAUUUUUGGCCUUAUUUUCCACAAAAUGCCACUGCACUGAAAAUAGGAAUGUGAACUACAGGGUGCUAACAAGUGCAGAGAACAUCUGACAUGGAUUUUGUGAGGUGGAUGUGAACCUCUCUGUUCCUGGAAUACACGGUGACUGCCACCGCAGGUGACUGUGCAGUAGACGAACUCCAAAUGUCAUGUGCUGAUGUCUUUGCAGUACGAAAGGAGCAAGUGAAUUCUAAUUUAGAAGCCAGGAUGGAGGUCUUAAUGCCUGAACCUCAGAUUUAUGUGGAAAGAACUCUGGCUAUCAUCAAACCAGAUAUCAUUGAUAAAGAAGAAGAAAUAGAGGAUCUCAUUCUCCGAUCAGGAUUCCACAUCAUUCAGAAACGGAACCUCCAGUUAAGCCCAGAGCAAUGUAGCAACUUCUACGCAGAACAAUUUGGAAAAAUGUUUUUUCCUAAUUUAACAGCCUAUAUGAGUUCUGGUCCUAUAGUUGCUAUGGUUCUUGCUAGAAAUUGUGCAGUCUCAUACUGGAAGGAAUUGCUUGGACCAUCCAACAGCGUAAGAGCUAGAAUAACUCACCCUCACAGCUUAAGAGCACUCUAUGGGACUGAUGAGUUGAGGAAUGGGCUCCACGGCAGUCUCAGCAUCUCCUCAGCAGAGAAAGAAAUUCGAUUCAUAUUUCCAGAAGCAAUCUUGGAGCCAAUUCCCACUGGACAAAGAGCUCGGGAUUACCUGAACCUGUAUGUGAAGCCCACGCUGCUCGCAGGGCUCACUGCCCUGUGCAAAGAGAAGCCAGCAGACCCCAUGAUUUGGCUCGCUGACUGGCUGAUUGAACACAAUCCUAAUAAACCUAAACUACAAUAUCACAUCUCUCAGUAAGAGCAUCGGCGGUGAGAGCUUGGUGGAAACCAUCUCACAUAUUCCAAGUUUUAGCUGUGUAUUGUCAUUUUCCUUGUGUCCUUUGACUGUAUAACCAAUACUACCUAAAGUAAACGCGUUUGUCAUAACUUCUUGUGUCCUCAUGGGAUAAACAACCUUACACUUAACCAGGAUGUAGUGAUUCUAGUACCUUCUCUACUGACAAAGUCAAUGUGGAAUUACACAAUAAAUUUAUGGCAUUGGGUGAUUAGAAAAAGACAGUGUUCUCAGUGGGUGUGGCUUAUUGCACAUAUUUCUUGGUUUGGCUGUGUGGGAGAACAAAAUCAUUUACAGCAGUGUUGAUUCCCAAAUUACAUCCACCUGGCCUGUGCUUUGUGAAGCCAAGGGUUGUGUUUCAGCAAUUUUUAGCAUAAAUUCAGUUAUGAAGGGAGGUACUUGGAUAUCAUGUAGAAAACAAUUACUGGAGGCAUAUUAGCAACUUUGGAAUUUUAAUUGCUGAUUACAUCACCCAGUUAAGGUUGUUCUUGAAGAUUAUUCACUUAAGUCUGAUGUAUUUUGUCAGAAUAUAAUUUGAAGGACUUAUUUGAAGGCACAUUCAAUGGACCUUUCCCAUCUUGGUGGCAAAAGGCUCAGUGACUAUAAAUAACAAGAAGAUAUAUUUUAGUCAAGGACUAAGGUUGUCUUCCAACAUCUGUUUGCAAUAAAGGUGCUUAAUUGGAACAGUUUACCUUAAGAGUCUUUUCCGUGUUCUCCUGCUCCUAAAGGCAAAUUUGUGUCAUUUUCCUCAAACCUUCAUGUGUUCUGUUGAAGAAUUUCACAAGAGUGCUCUUCCACAGGCAACGAGUUAAUCCCACCCUAUUGCCUUUAAUGAAGUAACUAAACUGGUUUUUUUUGGGAGGUGGGGCUUUUUCAUUUUCUUCAAAGAGCUGUACUUAUGCUGUUAACUUCAAGCUUUGUAUCUUAUGGUUUGACUGGCUAUAAUGAAGAAAACAGUGUAAUUUUCAUAACUCUGAAUAACAAUAUGCUUGACUAAUACUAAAUAAACAAGCAAUUUCAUAAUUUGUUUCAUGAAAAAACUUGCUUCCUCAAUUUGAGUAAUUAUGAGAAACAUAAGUCAUUUGUCUGUAACAUCAAACUUUAAGUGAAUUGUUUAUCCUCUCAAUGGAAGAAACCACUAUUGCCAGCCUAGAUAAUAAACAGAAACUGGUCCCUACAGUACUAAGACCUAAAAAUCUUGGGACUGCUAAGAUAAGGAAAAAAGAGAAAGCCCAAACCCUCAAAUAAUGAAGAAUUAAAGUAUGAGGUGGUUAGAAAUACAGUAAACAGAUCUGUUUACAGCCAGUUUAUUUUGCCUAUAAUUAUUGUCCCCCAUAUGUGUCUGACUGCUCCAAUUACAGGACGGUUGUUCUUUUUUGGUGUCCUGUCAGCCAAAUAAAAAAAUCCAUUUUCUGAAGAUUCCAGAAAAUCUGGUGAAUUCACAAGGCAUUCCCCUGUAUUUUGUUAGUUGCUAUGACAUUUGCCUGCUUAUUUUGAUGUGCUACUGUUUGACAAUAAAUACAUCCUUUAUGUUCCU